UCACUGUACGGUGCACGUCACGUUAGUUACAAUAACAAUGUCUGCUAUGAAACAACAGAGUAGAACGCAGAAAGUAUUUUACCAGAAAUUUUCAUAGUUUUAAGAUUUAGAUGAGGCUGUAGAUGCCAGUUUUAUGAAUCUUGUAUUAGAAGAUGGACGUGGAAAAAGAACGUGCAGAAAAAACGACAGAACAUUCAAUCCCUUUGGAUAUUCUAGGUGACCUUAUCACGAGGUUUAUUAUUCACGUACCCCCAGAAUCAAAACAAAACUUAAUUCGAAUAUGUUUUCAAAUUGAACUUGCACAUUGGUUUUACUUAGAUUUUUACGUCAGUAAUGAUGCCAAAUUAAAAAGUUGCACUAUUAAUGAAUUCGCAGCUCACGUUUUCCAGCACAUACCAGCGUUGCAGUCAUACUGUAACAAAUUGGACGAAAUUAUUGAGGAAUGGAGAUCAUACAAGCAAACAGUUCCCACAUAUGGUGCAAUAUUAUUAUCAGAGAAUCUAACGCACGUGCUAUUAGUACAAAGUUACUUUGCAAAAUCAUCAUGGGGAUUCCCAAAGGGAAAGGUGAAUCAAGAAGAAGAUCCGACCCACUGUGCCAUUAGAGAAGUUCUUGAAGAAACAGGCUUUGACAUCAGCAAUUAUAUAGAUCCGGAUCUAUAUUUUGAAUCUAUAAUAAAUGAACAGCUAGUCAGAUUGUAUGUGAUUAAGGGUAUCUCAAUGGAAACAGAAUUUAAGCCGCGAACAAGGUGUGAAAUUAAGGCUUGCGAAUGGUUCCCUAUCGUUGAUCUCCCUAAUAACAAAAAGGAUAAUACUCCCAAAGUCAAGAUGGGAGUUAGUCCAAAUGCAUUCUUUAUGGUCUUGCCAUUUAUCAAGAGAAUAAAAGGUUUAUCACAGAAUCCAAAGAGUGCUCGUAGAAUGAGGAAAAAGUCUACUAGUAUUAGUGAAGGAGAAAGUGGCAAAAAAAAUACCAGUCUGAAUAUUAGCAGUAUAAGCAAAAAAAUUAGUAGCCAACGAACAACAAUAACUGCUGAUGUGGAAGACAAAAGCUUUAAUAAUAAUAAUAAUAAACAACUACAAAUCAGGGAGAAACGAAAUCUUAAUUCUAAAAGAAAGUUGUUUAACAACUCAGGAGAACAGAUAGAGUUCUGUGCUCCCUCUUGGCUAAACUUCAAAUUUGACAAAACUGCCCUUCUGGAAUGCAUUCCGUAAAAAUGCAAGGCCGCGAUUCAAAAUUUACACAACUCACUCUUGUAUGAGUAUUUUGACUGAUUAUUUAAUUUUGCUUUUUUUGUUUAAGUUUUAUAUACCUUUUUUUGUGGUUUAAUGAUGUAUCUAUAUAAAAACUAAUUUCUUUUCAUUUUUGAGCUGCCGGAAUUAUUACAGUUUUUUUUUUAAUUCAUAACGAAAUCGUCUAGAAAUUUAUGCUUUUCAAAACAAACGAAAGUUUAUGAGAAUUGUAUGUCUAGUUUUUUUUAUUAAAUUUUUAUGUGUGUACAUGUAGUUGGUAUUUACAACAAAAGUAGUUGUAAAGCAUAAGCAUUAAGAAAAAAUUCACAAUAUAAUAACUAAGACGACUAAAAAUUUUUGUUGAUAUCCUGUUUUAACUUUUGAGAGAUAAUAAAGCAUUUAUUUUAGCAGCA